GGCACUCCCGCAGCUUCUAAAGCAGCCCCUGUCUACAGUUGGUCCAAUGCCUCCUGUCCGAGCAGGACCACUCUUUAUUCUCGUGCUGUUUCAUGCUAUUCACAUGCACAUGAAUGGGCGUCCCAAAUGCAUGGCCAGAUGGGCUUCAGGCAGGCCCUGGCGCAGCCGGGCAGUGACAUGGCAACGCAUCAAUGCAACAAUGGGCAACUGCUUUACAUAGCAGCAUCUGUGGUGGCUGCCACUGGGUGCCUCUGGAGUGAGAUGUGCCAGCGCAGGGUUACAGCCCCAGGAAAACACUUGGAAUAGCCAUGGAGCACCCUCCUGCUGCUGGCCAUGGAGGCACAGACAUGCAGCCCAGCACAGAGGGGAAGCGGGCAGAGAGGAGCAACAAGCUGAUGCUCAGGAGCAGAAGACUGUUACAGGCAGAAGGACAUGCUCAGCUGCUGGAUCUGCCGCUCGGGGCCAAGAUCCCUGUGUACCCUGGCACCAAGCCUGUCUUCUGCAGGGCAGUACUAGGGGGAAAGCUUUUCCAGUCUUCAGGUUUUUUCAACCUGGAAGAUCCCUACUGCCACCUGCUGAGCAUGGAAUACAACAGCCUGCAUGACCCACAUCUGCAGGCCUACCACCAUCGCAAGGACCACCUGCAGAUGCUGAAGAGAGAGGGUUCCAUCACCUAUGAUGGCAGAGUGGUUUGCACUUUGAAGCAGUUCAAUGAGUACAGGCAGCACCUGGUCAGGCUCAAGGUGGAUGCAGAGAACAUGUUCAGGAGAGAGGAGCACAAGCUUUGGCAAGAAGUGGACAAAUUAGAGGGUGCUGCUGACCUGCCAGAUGAGCUGCAUGUUUCUCAGCUGCGAGAGUGGCUGGUGCACGAGCAAAGAAAGAGGUUGCCAAGUGGUGAGAGGGCAAGGAGAGAGAGGAUUCUCGCUGUCAUCGAGAAACGGAUCGGUAGACUGGAGGCACUGGAAAAAGUGCAGCGCUUCCUCCAUCGGGUCGGCUGCAAAACGCAUGUGGGAAAGAGGAGACACACAGUCAGCACACUACAGGGUGUGCCUUCCGAGUGUGCCAAAGAGGAAGUGCCCGAGAACAUAUCCCAGCUGCAGGUUUUACUGCCUGAAGAAGAGAAGGAGCUUCAAGAGUUGGCUGAGGACAAGGUCAAGAUAGUGAUGACGCAGGAUCAGUCCAACCAUGCCUCAGGGAAGGCUCCCCACAGGGUCAAAGGAAGGUUGUUUGCCAGGACCAGUGAGGCGGAGCUUCUGCAGAUUUAUGUGGAUCUCCAGGACAAAACUAGACUGGUGGCUCAGGAGAUCGUGACAGCAGUGUUGGAGAUCUUGUUGGAGCAUUUGGCAUCCAGGGGGCCAGGUGCCAGAAGAGCCUCCGUAGUGAGCAAGUCUGGAGAAGAACCAGCAGCUUCCAGCAGAGCAUCUUUGCAGACUUGUAUUGACGGAACGACCGUAGAGGCUGUUGAAAGUGUUAGCUCCAUCUUGUCAUGCUUUGCAGGAUGCUGUCCGUUUUCAAAGUUCCUGAAUCGUAAGGAUGUGUCAAAGCCAGGAUCACCCAGACCACUAAAACAACAGAUCCCAGGAGCACGCAAGGCAACGUCCAUGCAAAGCUCUGCUACUGUCUCCAGAGCUGAGCAGCAGGAUGCAGAGAUCGAGUACAUCAGAGCCGUUGUCCUUGAAGUUCUGGAAACUGUGAAGGAGAAGUUACAGAAAAAAAGUAAGCACACACCAGAGCCCCCUGUGCGCACAGGAGCCCUGCACAGGCUGUAGGAGCCUCUGCAGCCCAACUCAUUAAAGAGGGAAGUAGCUGGGAACCCAAAGAGAUGUGUGGCUCUAGGGCCAUAGAGGCCCUGGGCAGCUCCAAGAAUAAACAGUGUAUUCCCAA